AUGUACGCCGCUCAGAAUAUAACGCCAACAGUUUUGGAUGCCAUGAACGGAAAUGUUUCCGAAUGGUAUAACGAAUGCGACAAUGCCAUUAGAAGGUCAGAAAUAGUUCCUGGAACUUACGAAUAUACAACUGCUGUUUCUUACGGAAACGUAGGUGAGUUUGGAGAAGGUUCUUCAACAACAGUAGAUAUUGCUUGCGACAGGUUUCAUAUUAUUUCUAUUGACAACUCAUUCUUAUACGUGGAACAAGACAUUGAAAUAAAACCUUCUGCCAAGUUGUCUGACAAGAAAGGUUGCAAUGGAAUUUUCUAUGUCGGAUACCAAUAUGCUCCAGAAGUUUUCAUGGGAUAUAAGAUAUAUUCUAACUCUGACUUAGUUCAAACAGUAACAUGGGCAAACUAUGAAUGGUUCGCUUUGAGAAACUCAGUACAACCACAAGCUAGAGAACAAACAGACCAGUAUGCAACUAUUGAGAAAAUAAGAAGACUUGACCCUAACGUUCCAGGAGUUUAUGUUAACCUUUCUGGACAAACUGCAGCAGCAGUAACCAAAGUAAAACUGAAACUUAGAGUUCCUUUGUCAUCUUUCCUCAUCUUCAG